CGGCGGUGGCGUCCCAAGAUGGCGUCGUGGCUGCCGGAGACUCUGUUCGAAAUUGUAGGACAAGGCCCGCCGCCAAGCAAAGACUAUUACCAGUUACUGGUCACCCGGUCUCAGGUAAUCUUUAGAUGGUGGACGAUCUCUCUAAGGAGUGAGUAUCGAUCAACAAAACCUGGAGAAACAAAAGAAACCCAUGAAGACUUCCUAGAGAAUGCCCAUCUUCAAAGUCAAACUGCCAUAAUAUUUGGUGUAAGAAUAUUAGACUAUGUCAUCAAUCUGUGCAAAGGUCAAGUCGACUUCCUUGAACGGCUCUCUGACGAUUUGCUCCUGAAUAUCAUUUCUUAUCUGGAUCUGGAAGACAUUGCCAGGCUCUCUCAAACAUCACACAGAUUUGCAAAGCUGUGCAUGUCUGAUAAACUGUCGGAACAGAUAGUCCAGUCGACUUGUGACACCAUCACUCCUGACAUGAGGGCCCUGGCAGCGGACGUGGGAAGGUGUGCUUCACCAACAAGCUCCAGCCCCAGCUCUGCAGGAGGAAACAAAAGCACGGAAGCCUGAGAGACAAGCAACCUUAGACGCACAUUUUCCCACCAGCAGGGAGCUGAGGCAUGGCUCUGUUUCUCUUCGGUGUCCAAAUCUCUUCUGUCUCCUUUUCUUAAGAACUAAGAUUUUGCUGAUGCAUGGAGCAACUUAAAAACGUAGAGGAUUUGCACGCAAAUGCAGCAGACCCUGGCUGCCUAGUGCCUUGCUGGAGUCACCGUCCCUGUCCUUCUGGGGUCAGAUCAUGGCCUGAGGACAAGGGCUGCAAGACACGGAGCCCCACAGGCCACCGUCUUCCUUAUCCCAACUCCCACGAGAAAAGAGGCUUCUGUUGUAUGUAAACAAAUAAUAAAUGAUUAUAAGCA